CCGCGAUCGCGAGAGGCGCGCGCCUGUCGGAGGCUGCGUGCCCCUUGACGACCGACGCCCGACAUUGACAACCAUCCGCCAAGGACGACCGGAUCGUUGGACGUUGUUGUGUGGUUGGAUUUUACGUGAUCUUCGCAGGCUUCGCGUUGUCUCAGCUGUUGUCCUGGAUCGGGCGAGUGAUGCGCGCUGCCUCCAUGAGGCAAGUCUUAUUGUGGGCCGGUAGAAUGCUGGCAGCUGCCAGCCGACAUCGCACCAUUCGUCAGGAACGGUCACAGCCGCUGUCGAGUCGUCGACUUCUUGCUCCUUCGAGUGUGCGUUGUGCGUGUCGGGCACCUAUAGUCUACGUGGCCGACCGAGCAGCACGGAACGAAGAGGCUGGGGUGUGUGCGUAGCUAUAGCUAUGAUGGUCGUCGGAUGGUCAACAUUAGCGAGCACCGAUUCCUUAGCCGUGCCUCAGUACCGGGCGACCUCGACCCCGUAGAACUUGGUGGCGUGCGCCGUGCGGGGCCCCCUCUUACUCUAUCACUGGUGCGUGGUGUCUACGAAUCUCCAAAUGCUCCGCUAAACAACUUCUAGGAGGCUCGUAC